GCGGUGGGUGGGUGGGACCGGCUGGACAGCUACGGCCGCCGCCGCAGGGAAGCCGGACAGCAGAGGGGCGGCAGCGGACAGGUGGGAGGGCCUGUCCUCCCUGGCAGAUGGCCCAGAUGGAGCUGGCGUUGGACCCCGGCGAGCAGGACCUGCUGGGCUUCCUGCUGGAACAGAGCGGAGAUUUGGGGGAGACGGUCGAGGAGGAGUUGGCGGUGGCUCCCCUGGACUGGGAGCUGUCUGAGGUGCUGAGCGACUGGGAAGCCAAGGAUUUGCUGGACGCCCUGCUGAGUCCGCCCGCGACGCUCAGCUCGUGCCAGUCCUCGCCGGUGCUCCACGACCACACCUACUCACUCCCACAGGACUAUGUCUCGGUGGAAGUAGACAGUGGGAGCUGUGGUCAGGAGGAGACGCCCCCGCUAUGUGCCGAGGAGCCCGCAGAGCAGGAAGUGGCUACGCUGAUGCUGACUGAGGAGGAGCGGCGGCUCUUGGAGAAGGAGGGGCUUACCCUGCCUGAAACUCUCCCCCUCACUAAGAUGGAGGAGCAAGUUCUCAAACGAGUGCGGAGGAAGAUUCGAAACAAAAAAUCUGCUCAGGAGAGCCGCCGGAAGAAGAAGGUGUACGUGGGAGGCCUGGAGAGCAGGGUCCUGAACUACACAGCCCAGAACCGAGAGCUGCAGAAUAAAGUCCAGCUCCUGGAGGAACAAAAUCUGUCCCUCCUGGAUCAGCUGAGGAAACUCCAGGCCAUGGUGAUUGGGAUAUCAAACAAAAGCAGCAGCAGCAGCACCUGUGUGCUGGUCCUGCUCUUCUCCUUUUGCCUCCUCCUGGUUCCAGCCAUGUACUCCUUGGACAGCAGGGGGAGCCUGCCAGCUGCGCAUGGAGUGUUGUCCCGGCAGCUCCGUGCCCUCCCCAGCGAGGACCCUCAGCAGCCAGACAUGUGUGCCCCGCACUUGGAGGGAGCCAAGGACAGUACAGACCCAUCGCUGGCUGGCUCAGACUAUGUGCUCCAGGCCUCUGGCAACACUUCCUGCCUGCUGGACUACAUGCCUCAGCCUCCUGGCACAGACUCUCCCCUGCAGGACCCCUGCCCAGGCCCCAUCCUUGUCCUGCCAGCAAACAGCACCACAAACGAGGGACAGCUGCCCACUCACAGCCCCUCAUCUGUCAUCUUACAGGACAGAUACUCAGGUUAGACAUGAAGAUGAGGGGGCAUGCCUCUCGUCAGAAGCCAGUGGGUAGGGGUGGUGGGGGUCUUCCCUCAUCUGGGUUCGGCAGAGGGCAGAGGGCUGGCCCCCAGUUCCUGUGUCCUGGGAGGAAGCCUGGAGGCUCAGACACAGCACACUUACUGGCCUUCUGGGUCUUUUAUUGGUGUAUCCAUGUGUGUUUAACACCCCAUGGAUGGAGCUAGGGAAAUCAGUGACAUCCUAGAACAUUUCAUGCAGAGACGGAAAGGAUGAAAAAAGAAAUAAAUAAGUGAUUCUAAUGCC